UAUGCACGUGUUACGUGUAAUUUCGGCAUGCCAAGUGAUUGUUGUUGCGAUGUCAUGAAUCAGAAAAUCGUGGCGCGGCCCGAGUCAUUUGUCGCGUCUUUCGUCUCGCACAGGUCUAUACAAACUCUCGUCGCGCCAUCAUGGCACCCAGACUACGCAUACCGACUGUCGAAUUCCGAUCGCUCCUUCUACCGCCUGUACAAAUUCCGAUACGCGCCCUCCAAACAUUGUUCCGCCCGCAAUGCGCCCGUCACGUUCCGCGCCGCGCCUGUCCUGCCCAGCGCCUCGAGCAGCGCCGCGCGCUCAACCUAUACAAAACGGCCAAGGCCAAGACAGUCCUCGGACAGCACAAAGUUCUGAACUUUACUCAGUGGGAGGUUGAGAAGAUAGUGCCACUGGAAAAAUUAGAACACCGAGUCAAAUUAUGGAAGACAGACAAGAAGUCUAAACGGCUGUCCUUGAUAGCGGAGAGCAUCUCAUUCCAGGAGCUCCUAGAGAAGCAUGUCGAACCCGGGAAAAUGCUCUACUGUCUAAACGAGAUCAAGAAAGGAAUGGCGAAAAAAUACAUCGACGAACCAGAGCUGCAAAUACCCGGAGAGUUGCACGAUUUCGCCCUCCACAUCGCCCACACAUACAAAGCCCCAAAGACCGCGCAGCAAAAAGGGAAACAAAUAGGUGGACUAAAAAACAUCAUCUUCAACGAGUCAAGCCCGGUGGAAUUUUUCAGAAUGUGCAUAGACCGCGCCUACCAAUUCAUCGAAGGCGGGCACGCAGUCGAGUUCCGGCUGCGCUUGCAAGGGAAGACGCUCUUGAAAGAAGAACGUAUCAAGCCCGCAGGACCCGAGCGCUGGACAUGGAUGCACAUGCACUUCCCGCACCUCCGCCCCGACAUCAUCAUGAAGAGCAUGCCAGAGGGCACACGCUACCUGAUCAACCCCGUGAGCGACGGUCGCUUAGUCCAAUGGGUCGCAGUCGCAGGCCAUAAGAUGGAACCAGCCGUCAACCUCGACAAGCGGCUCUUCCGCAUCAAGUCCUCAGUCACCUCGUCCAUUAAAUCUGGUAACCAGGCCAUGUUACCCAAGAUUAUGCGUCAGCAGUUACGAGAGUCUGGAUCAGAAGACUAUAGUAUUAAUACGGGGCUGCCGAGGGAGCAGGCAAGAGCAAAACAUGGGAAGGGAGGCAAGAAGGUGUAUAGUGGGGAGGAGAAGAAGUGGCUCCAGAGGGAUGCGGAGACGGAUGGGUUCCUCGUGCCGGAUUCGGAUGGAAAGGCGCCGAUUAGGAAGUUGGAUAGUCGGAUUGAUACGCGAGGAGGGACUAAUCGGUGGCAGCAGAGGGGGUAUGUUGGGAAUAAAAAUGGUCCUAAGGAAUUUUAGGGGACAUGGGGACGUUAUCCAGAGAGCGCAAACUUUUGAUUUAUUUAUCAAAAUAAAGCAGCUCUCCGCUCACGUUCGCGUGCCGAAGGCCAUGUGAUACAAAAACAACAUGGCUGUUUCGGCGUCCAACAUGUAGUUUGUUUCACCUAACUCCUGUAUGACGAAGUUUGUUGUUGGUGUUGGUGACGGCUUGGCAGGCAACGUUGGGCAGUGACCACAUCUCUGGGCCGGACAUGGAUACGGCCGAUCAUGUUUAUCCACCCAAGCC